GCUCGUUUGGUGUGGUGACGUCAAAGCUUAUCUUUGAAGGGCGCAAAACACUUGGAGAGUGGGCCACAAGAUCCGGCCACCGUUGAAUCUAAUGGAAGAAGGAAGAGUGGAAGUAUUUUCUAAGCCUGUGAGAAACUUGUGGAAUAACUGGGACGUUCGGGUCUUCGUUCUCUGUAGUCUGUUGGUGCAAAUCCUUCUCAUCUUCUUGGUGACCCUACGCAAACGGACGGCAUCAAAGCCACUCAUCAUAUUCACAUGGUCCCUCUACCUGCUUGCCGACUGGUUGGCUGUUUUCGCACUGGGCCUCCUCUCCAACAGCGUAGGGGACACGUCAGAUACAACCGGUGGCAACAGCAAGCCCGGCGUCAAAAUCAUGGCCUCUUCUGGUGGUCCAAAGCACAACGUUGAAAAAUCCUCCAACAACAACGCUCUAGCCUUCUGGGCCCCCUUCCUUCUUUUGCACCUCGGUGGACCUGACACGAUCACGGCCUUUGCGAUGGAAGACAAUGAGCUGUGGCUUAGGCAUUUGCUUGGAGUGAUGUUUGAGGUUGGCUUGGCUGGUUACGUUUUCUUGCUUUCCGUGCCAAAAAACAAGCUCCUAGCCCCGACUCUAUUCAUGUUUGUUGCUGGGAUUAUCAAGUAUGGAGAGCGGACGUAUGCGCUCUACCUCGCGAGCAUGGAUGGCUUCCGGGACUCGAUGCUUGAAAAGUUGGGCCCCGGUACGAACUACGCCAAGCUUAUGGAGGAACACCAGUCGAAAAAAGAGGCAGGGAUCCCCGCGCAGAUAGUGAAUAGCACAAAGCCCGAAGCCCAUGAUAUCGAGAUGCAGCAACAGGAAAUGGACGAAUUGACGAGAAUGUACAAGGCUCACCGCUUCUUCAAGAACUUCAAGGGCCUUAUCAUUGAUCUCAUGGCCAGCUUCCACGACCAGGUAGAGAGCCGCAACACCUUCCUGAGGUGGUUCCCAGAGGACGCGUUCCGGGUCGUUGAGUACGAGCUCGAAUUCAUCUACGAUGUGCUCUUCACUAAGGCUGCCGUGGUGCACAAUAUCGUCGGCUACAUCUUACGGGCCAUUUGCUCUUGCUCGAUCAUGACUGCUUUCUUGCUUUUCUUCUGCACCAACAAACGCGACUUCCUCCCACUCGACAUCGCCAUCACCUACACGUUGCUAGGUGGCGCUAUUGCCUUGGAUUUUGUGGCUUUUAUCAUGCUCCUGAUCUCCAACUGGUCUGCCGUCAAGAUUCCAAUGCUCGGUCCCAUAGUCUUUAAGAUCAUAGCUAACUUACUGCCUCAUGAUCGAUGGUCCGUAUCCAUCAUGCAAUAUAAUCUGAUAGACACUUGUAUCCCUCAACAUGAUCAGUACCUGAGACGGAUUGCUAAUCGACACACCCUCUGUGGGAAGUUCUUUGAGGCCUCGUACAUCCAGAAGGCCUUGGCUGUGCUGCCAUGCAAAAUGUUGGGUAACCUCAUGAAGGAGAUGCAAUACACCUACCAUGUAGCUGUCUCCGAAGAUAUGAAGAAUAUCAUCUUUCACGAGUUGAAGAAGAAAACCGAGAUCAUGAAACAGCCCAAGGCCGUCCGGGGCCAAUGGGCCCUCGAGCAGAGGGGCUACCUCAGUCAGUUUGGCGACAGCAUCCAGGUCGAAUUCGAUGAGAGUCUGCUAAGGUGGCAUAUCGCCACCACCAUUUGUUAUUACACCAACGAGGACGUUGGCAAGACGCCUCCCACAAAUAACAACAGUAAAAACAAGGGACCAAACGACCUUAACCAAGAAAAUGAAGCAGUCAACCAAGAAAAUGAGGCAGUCCCCAUUUCAACAACCAUACAUCGCCGACUAAGUAAGCUUAUAUCUGAUUACAUGAUAUAUCUUCUCGUCAUGCAGCCUUCCAUGAUGUCAUCAUCGGCCGUGAUUAGGUUCCUGGAGACCAGUGCUGAAGCCCGAAAAUUCUUCCUCCGAAAGCCAUUUAGGGAGAACCCGUACCUUGCAUCCCCCAUUUUCUGCUCUUCCCAAUAUUCGGAGGAAGAACGGGAAAAGGAACGACAGUCCGCAUGCGAAGAUCUACUAUCGGUGAAUACGGUAGCAGAUCCCAUCGAAGUGAAAGGAGACUGGAGCAAAUCGGUGUUGUUCGAUGCAUGUAUUCUCGCGAAGAAGCUGAAAGAUAAAGUGAAGGUGACGCAGAGAUGGGCCCUGAUCUGUGAGGUAUGGGUUGAGAUGCUAUCCUACGCUGCAUGUAACUGUAGCGGGAUAGCCCAUGCUCAACGCCUUAGUAAAGGUGGAGAGCUUCUCACGUUUGUAUGGUUUCUAAUGUCUCACCUGAUAGACCCGGGCCCUGGUAGGGCUAAACUAAUUGUAGGUAAGUGAUCAUCUCUUCUAUUUGCUACACCAAUACAGUAAGAUUUGAACGACUAUUAUUCGACCAAGAUAAAUGUGGACAGAAAUUUUCUUGGCCAUCUAAAAGGCUACCACGGCUUUGAAGAUCAUGUGUCACACUCAUCAGGUUGGCCACAAAUUCGAUUAUGUGCAACUGGUCAUACUUUGGAUGCACUAUAUUGAGCCCAAAGAAAAGUAUCAUAUGUGCCCAUCAUUCAUCAAACCACGUACAAGAAGUAAGGACUUGUAUAAAGUGAGAUCUGGAUUACCUACUGACGCCAGUAGCGACUGGAUGGUUCUCUGUGGGCCAUCAUGAUGUAUGGUUCUCUGUAGGCCCAUUAUAAUGUAUGUGUUUUAUCCACGUGGUUCAUUCAUUUUUUCAGAUUAUUUGAAGGCAUGGGCUAGGAAAUAAAGUAGAUACAAAUCUCAUGUGAAUCACAGCACAGGAAAAAACGGUGACUCAACACCCACCAUUAAAA